UCAUUUUGCAAUCCGGAGAAAAAUGCCUGCGAAAGCAGGAAAGUGAUAUCUCAGAAGUACGGGGAUAUCUGUGACGUGAUUGGUAGUGGAUCUUCCGCGACAAUAUUUCUUUCACACAAGACCCAAGAGUGGGAUCCAAGAAUCCAUUCAUUCUAUGUUAUCAAAGUCUUUCGCCGUCAACCGGGAAUAAACGCAGCCGCGCAUCGAAGGCUGAUCGACGCCGAAUUUUCAAUUUCGUCGUCAUUAAGACAUCGAAAUAUUGUUCGAACCUUCGACCUAAUAGAUAUUAAUGGCGAAACCUUUUGUGAGAUCCUGGAGUAUUGUUCCGGUGGUGAUCUUCAUUCCUUGGUCGCUACAAGAGGCCAGCUGGAAAAUAGAGAGGCCGAUUGCUUUUUGAAACAGCUCAUGCGCGGUGUCAAUUAUAUUCAUGAAAUGGGUAUAGCCCAUCGUGACUUGAAGCCGGAAAAUCUUCUUCUCACUUCAAAUGGUGGUCUCAAGAUAUCGGAUUUUGGCGCUGCAGAAUGCUUUCGUCUCGCCUGGGAGACAGAUGUUCAUAUGUCAAACACACGACGCGGAUCACGACCUUAUGUUUCGCCGGAACAGUAUCUCAGUCAAAAGUUUGAUCCGAGACUAGCUGACAUAUGGGCCGCUGCUGUGAUCUACAUUGCAAUGAGGACAGGUAGACUCCUGUGGAUGGUAGCCACCGCCGAAGACGAGAAUUUUAGAGACUACACCGCGGACCGUCAAAUUGGAAGAGGCUAUUUUCUUAUCGAGGAUACGUGCUUUGCAGCGAGCCGCUGCGUCAUAUAUUCAAUGCUAGAUGCUAAUUACACUAGCCGGCCCCUCCCAAACGAGGUUUUACAUUCCCAAUGGCUACAAGGGAUUGAAGUUUGCACGGACGUAGAAGACGGAAAAGCCUAG